AGCGACGAGAUGGGCGCGAAAUCUUCUUUACAAGGCGACUCCGGCUGGUGACGAGGCUCCCCUGCCUUCAGCCACACAAGCCACACUUGUUUUUAGCCACUUCGGGCCACCCCUGAAUUUCUGGCACAGCCACAUCUGAUCCGCACAAGUGGCCAAACAUUCGACGGCCGAGUUCUUUGUUCCUCGAGAAGAUUUCGAACGUGUUUAGCAGCGAGCGAGCGGAUCAGACUGUUUUAGCCAGUCAGGAAUCGUUUGGUCUGUUUACAAGUUGCUCGAGAAACGGCUGCUGUCUUUUCUUCGCACCAUACACGCUCCCUCACUCUCGCCUGGCCCCUUUUCUGGAGGUGAAUCGCCGGAUCCCUCUCCCGGGCACAGCGCGUACGACAUCUCGAUAUCGUCAAUGAGCAGAUAGUUCAGUGGCCUUGCUGUUUCGACAAUUACAAAACCAAUCAUGAACGACGUACCGCGCACGCCAAUCCUGGCAAAACGACACAGCAGGCGGCACUCGACGAUCGUGGUACCGCCGCCUGCCGGACUUCAGUCCGCCAAAGCCGAAUCCGCUGAUAAUCCUACUGAGCUCGUGACGCAUUCCGCCGUCGGCGCGACGUUCCUGAUCAUGCUGCAGCUGUUUUCAAAGAUCAUCACGUUUAUUCUAAACCAGGCACUUCUGCGGUUCAUCUCGCCAGACAUGCUCGGCGUCUCGGCGCAGCUGGAGCUGCUCUCGUCGUCGAUCUUGUUCUUCGCCAGGGAAGCCAUCAGACUUGCUUUACAGCGGCAGACGACGAGCCCGAAGCCUGAUCCGUUUAGAAUUGAGGGCGGCGUGGUUGAGGGGACGGUGUCGGGAAUCGCCCAGAGCGUCGUCAACACAGGGUACCUGCCCUUUCUUUUGGGGAUCCCGCUCGCAGGCAUCAGCUGUGCUUGGUACUACUUCCGGGGCGCAAGCUACGAGGUUUCGAAUCUGCCGUACUUCAAGUCUGUUGUGGUUAUAUAUGGAAUCGCUGCGCUGGUAGAGCUUGCAUCCGAGCCGGUGUUUGCGCUAGUACAGUAUAAGCUGCAAUACAAACUACGCGCUAUCUGCGAAUCAGGAGCCGUGGCCGCUCGUUGCGCUGUCACUUUCUUGCUUACAGUCUCGGCAAGAGAAGAUACGGGUGUCUUGGCUUUUGCACUUGGGCAGCUGGCGUAUGCCGUCGUCUUGUCGGGACUCUACGUCCUACUGGGAUGGGAGACUACGCGAGGAAAAGAGAACGCUAUCUUCCCGCGGCGGAUAUGGAAAGAAGAAAUAUCACAGUCCCCUUGGUUUUAUUUUGAUCGGUCAACCAUGCAUCUCGCAUCCACAAUGUGGCUGCAAACCGUGUUCAAGCACUACCUGACCGAAGGUGACAAAUUCCUCUCGAGUCUCUACAUCACAAUCUCAGAGCAAGGAGUCUACGCACUAACUGCCAACUACGGUUCGCUGAUUGCGCGGCUUGUGUUUUUGCCAAUCGAAGAGGCUGUCCGCACGCUUUUUUCCAAAUUGCUGGCUCCACCUUUAUCAGCGUCAAACUUCAGAAUGUCUUCCGACACACUCAGCUCGAUCCUGCGCGUUUAUUGUCACGUUGCACUUCUCUCUAGCAUUUUUGGGCCGAGCGUUGGACCGUUCCUAUUGUCGUUUAUCGCAGGAUCGAAAUGGUCGUCGGCUUCGAAUUCGGCUGCGUCGGUGAUUAGUGCGUAUGCCUACUACAUCCCCCUAUUAGCAUUCAACGGAGUCCUCGAGGCUUUUGUCCAAUCAAUCUCCUCGCCUACACUAGUCCGCGAGCAGAGCUUUCUGAUGCUCGGUCUUUCCGUCGUGUUUGCUGUCGCUGGCUACUUCUUUAUCCGCGUGCUUGGAUGUGGCGCCACGGGGCUAGUCUACGCAAACAUGGUGAACCUCGCAAUCAGGAUUGCCGCCUGUGCGUUCUGGAUAUCAAAGUACUACAGAGACAACAGCGCAUCGUAUCCCGGCCUGUACGUGAUUGUGACAGCGAUCGUUCUCCAAAUCUGCAUGUUUUCAAUUGGGCCAGUGGAGUCAUGGACGAAGCUGCUGGUCGUGGGGAGUCUGGCGGUCGUGCUGGUGGCUGUGAUGGCUGUGGACGAGAAGGAGCUCGUGCGGAAGGCUGUCAAGUUGUAUGGGCCGAAGGAGAAGGGCCGAAAAUUGGGUACGACGAGGGCAAGGAGUACUAGUAUCCCGGGAAGCGUUCCAAAGGAUAAAAAGAAUGAGUGAGUCCAGAAAGGACUAUGGUCAAACCUUUUACUAUGUACUCUUUUGUCUGUUAUGAUAUAUUUUAUGAAUGUUGCAGUUAUGUCUAUAAAGCUAUAAAGUUUCUGUAUCGUUUAGAUUAGUUGAUACUGGAGUCUUGUUUUUGCCUUUUUUCCUCUCUCUUUUCAAUAUAAAUCACCUCUGGCAAUAUAUUGCAACAGGU